CAAUGGCGGACUUUCCACCUCGACACUUAAAGUUGAAACUAAAAGAAAACUCACUCACAAUUAAAAACUUUCUCGUUCCAGAAUAAACCCCAAUUUCUCUAUUUUCCCGUGAUUUGACUAUUUCCCAACUCAUUUCAUCAAUUCUUUCGUUUCUUGAUUCUUGCACCACAAAAGCUUCAAGCAUCUAAUCUUUUCUUUCCUAAUCCGCGAGAUCGGAGAUGGGGAAGGUGGCGGUCGGGGUGGCGGUGAUCGGCACCGCGGCGGUGGUGGCUGCGGCGGCACUGCUGGUGCGGCAGCGGAUGAGGAGUUAUGGGAGGUGGGCCCGGACGAGGGCCCUUGUCAAGGAAUUUGACGAGAAAUGUGGGACCCCCGAUGCCAAAUUGAAGCAGAUUGCAGAUGCCAUGACUGUUGAAAUGCAUGCUGGUUUAGCAUCGGAGGGUGGCAGCAAGCUCAAGAUGCUCAUCAGUUUUGUCGAUAAUCUCCCCACUGGAGAUGAGGAAGGGGUCUUUUAUGCACUAGAUCUCGGGGGUUCGAACUUCCGUGUGUUGCGUGUUGAGUUAGGAGGCAGCAAGCGCGGUGUUGUCCAUCAGGAAUUUGCCGAAGCAUCAAUCCCCCCUGCGCUGAUGAGUGCAAGCUCGGAUGCACUUUUUGAUUAUAUUGCGGAGAAGCUUGCUGAAUUUGUGGCUGACGAAGAACGGUUAUAUGAACAACCUGCUGGGAAGGAGAGGGAAUUGGGUUUCACUUUCUCAUUCCCGGUGAUGCAGAAUUCGAUAAACUCUGGAACUCUGAUUAGGUGGACAAAAGGAUUCUCUAUUAAUGACACGGUCGGCCAAGACGUGGUGGCUGAAUUAACAAAAGCCUUGAAGAGAAAGGGUGUUGAUAUGCGGGUGGCAGCUUUGGUCAAUGACACGAUUGGAACAUUAGCCGGAGGAAGACAUUCCGAUCCAGAUGUUACUAUUGCUGUAAUAUUGGGUACUGGAUCGAAUGCUGCAUAUGUUGAACGCGCUCAAGCCAUCCCAAAAUGGCAUGGUCCUUUGCCUAAAUCCGGUGAAAUGGCUAUAAACAUGGAGUGGGGCAACUUCAGAUCGUCACAUCUCCCGCUGACAGAGUAUGACCAUGCAAUGGACACUGAUAGCCUGAAUCCGGGUGAACAGAUGUUUGAGAAGCUAAUUUCUGGGAUGUACUUGGGAGAAAUUUUACGCCGAGUUUUACUUAGGUUGGCUGAAGAAGUUAGUUUUUUUGGUGAUGAAGUUCCAGCCAAACUCAAGAUUCCAUAUAUUUUGAGGACUCCAGAAAUGUCGGCUAUGCAUCAGGAUACAUCGUCUGAUCUGAGGGUGGUGUAUGAAAAACUGAAGAGUAUACUGGAGAUAUCUCAUAUCUCCGUGAAGAAGAGGAGGGUGGUGAUAGAGCUCUGCAACAUAAUUGCGACACGUGGGGCUCGUCUUGCGGCCGCAGGCAUUUUGGGAGUGUUGAAGAAGACGGGGAGGGACUCUGUCAAGGGUAAUGGAGAGAAGACUAUGAUAGCCAUGGACGGUGGCUUGUAUGAGCACUACACAGAGUACAGAAAGUGCUUGGAGAACACGGUGUUUGAGCUGAUCGGGGACACCACCAAAUCGAGUGUCGUGUUUGAGCACUUCAACGAUGGGUCGGGCAUUGGCGCAGCUCUUCUCGCUGCUUCCCAUUCGCUCUAUCUCGAAGAGACGUCGUGAGAAAUCUCGUGUUUGUUUUUCUUUCCUUUGCACUAUUUUUCAAGUGGAGAAUGAUGAUAGAGAACUCUCAGUUCUCUUUGAGACGUAGAGAUGGUGAUGACACAUUGAGGAAUGUUCGAUUUUUCUGUGGACAUGAGAUUUUUUUUGGCAGAAGUGGGAGAAAUAAAGCAGUCUAAAAAUUUCAA